AUGGCUGACAACAACAACGUCUCAAAUCCUGACCCCUUCCUCCUGCAACAGCUGAUCGAGGAGUCCACCCGCGAGGGGACGAAUCGUCGUCGGCGGGAAGGACAGCAGCACACCCCUGCCGGGCAGAGAAGGCCGAGGCAUGAAACCUCACAAUCCAGGGAGCAGCAGAUACAGAACAUCCAGCAGCUACAGGGCCUCCAACAUGUUCAGAACGUUGAACAAGUUCCUCCCGAGGGACACGUUCAGAACGGGGAGGACGAGCAGGCUCGACCCCAUAAUGGACCAGAACAGCCCCAGAACGGGAAUGAGACUGACGCCAGAGACGGGCAUGUUGCCUCCUCGUUCACCCACACUUCCGACAGGCGAAGAGUCCGUCACGAAGAAGAGGAAGAGCAGAUCAACAUCCCCGAGGGUGCUGAUCCCACCACCGCCCUCUUGCUCAAGGAACUGCAGAAGACGAACACCCUCCUCCAUCUCCAAGACGACCGCAUCCACGAGCUUGAAAGGAAGCGACGAUACCGCUCCCCUCCGCGGAGGCGCUAUCGGUCGCGUUCCUAUUCCUCCUCGCGCUCACCUCCGAGGAGACAUCGUCGGCGUUCCCCAUCUUCCUCACGCUCUCCACCUAGAAGAUACCAUCGCCGGAGAUCAUAUUCCCGCUCUCCACCACGAAAGAGCAGAAAAAAUCGGAGACCUGAAGUCGCUGAAACAAGAAGCCUCUCCCUUGAACGGGAUCACCGAGGCCCUUCAAAAGCUGUACUGAAGCCCCGCGAACGUUCCCCUCCCCGGGAUAACCGCGCAAGUCCAGACAAAAUGCAAGGAAAGCCCCGGCGAGGCAGACACUCAACCUCCCCGGGACCAAGUGACGAAUAG